AUGCCACUUCUCGCUCUUUCCAACGAACUUCUCAAUGCGAUCAUCGGAUUCUCUGACUUUAGUGGUGCACGCGAGCUCUGCAAGAAUUGCCAUCUGCUAAGCGAACUUGCUACGCCUUAUUUGUAUUCUACAAUUACCUUCGAUAACAAGACUGAAGAAAUUUGUCCACAGGAUCCUUGCCACUACCUCUUCCUUCGCACUAUAGUCAAUCGCCCUGAUCUUGCAAAAUUCCCAAAAAUCUUCCAAUGCGUGUGGUUUCUUCCUGCACAACUCGAAACCAUCUGGAGACGCUUCCAUCCCAAUCUAGGUGAUAGAUCCGAUCCCGCUACCAGCUUAUGGAAUCUCAUUCGGAUCAAGCUCGAUGAGGCCAGCGCUAGCGAAAAACAAGCCAAACUUUGGCACAAAGCUAUCUUUGGAUUGGGGGAUAGCAGAGCACCCGGUAGUGACGGUAUUUUCGCAUGCAUUGUAUGUUUUCUCCCCAAUCUGAAGGAGAUUCAUAUGUCCGAGGGAGAUUUUAAGUGUCGUGGAAAUGCAGGUACUAUUGACCCUACAGCAGAGUUCUUCGCCCCUAUGUUUGCACACGCAGUAGCACUUCAGACAAAGCAGAGAGCAUCGGAACAUGAAAUCUCGCCAUAUUCUAUGUCUAAAUUGAGAUCCAUGUCAAUAAAGAAUUUUUCGCAUGAUCAUGUACCACUUUCAAAAAUUGUACAUCGUCUUGAAUUGCCAUCACUCAAAAAGUUCGUCGUCCAAGACGCCUAUGACCUCUUCCCGGAAAUCCCCUACAGCAUUCCCGAAACAUUUAACUCUCGAGUCCAGGACCUGCAAUUUGAGCGCAGUGUGUUCCACCCUGAAAAUUUGAGAAGACUCCUGAGCGCCUGUCCAUCACUUCGCAGGUUUGCAUUAGAGCACACCAGCAUCAGCGUCCCGUUUUGUUCCACUGAGAUGAUUAACGGUUUAAUGGCCAGUAAGGAGACACUCGAAUUCAUUGAGGCUAGAGUGGCAAGUGAACACAUUCGCCCCCAUUUGGUUGACACUGGAUCAUUCGGUCGACCUGGUUCAUUUGCAGACUUCCCAAAAUUGAAGGAGAUUGUUGUCAGCGCUGGAGCCAUCCUUGAUCACUCAAUAAAUAAAAACACAUCUGCAGAGACGGACAGUGGUUACGAUACUGACGCUUAUCACACAAGAGCCUUCUUACAACGCAUCCCUCAAAGUCUCCAAAAUCUCAUAAUGAAAGACUGCUACUCUUUUGAUCUCACGACAUUUGCAGCAGUUUUGGCGUUGGUCAGAGAGAAGGAAAUAUAUGCUCCAGAUCUCAAGUACAUCAGCUUGACGUGGCGCGGUAUUCACUCUUCAGAACAUCGUCCGGGCAAAAUUGAUUUGAUCAAGGCAUGCAAGGAAGCAGGAAUUGAAUUGGGAGUACAUUUCAAACAUUACUAUUUGUAA